GAGCGUCCCUAUCGGUGUUCUGUCUGUGCGAAAACCUUCUCCCAACCGGCCGUAUACAACGAGCACGUCAAGCGCCACACGGGUGAGCGGCCAUACAUUUGCGGUGUAUGCACCAAGGGGUUUCCGCGUGCAGCUCGACUGGCUGUGCACAUGCGAGUACACACGGGUGAACGUCCGUACGCAUGCACAUCUUGCGAGCGACGAUUCAGCCAGCCGCAUCAUUUGGCUGCACAUCUGUGAGUUCGCACGGUUGUCCCCGCGUUCAUCCUCCCCACCCCCGUGCUUGUUUCCCCGGCAGCUCCCUUCAUCAGACACGUGUGGAAACAAACGAGCUCUGCUAAUCUUUGCCCGAUUGAUCGCUCCCGUACAUGCGCACCACUGUCGUUUUUCCCCACUAUUUUUGCCUACAUGUCCCGUUUCCGAACCCGGUUCUCGCUUAUCAAUGUGUUUGGUUUUUCCCACUCCAUAUCGGUCACUGUCGUCUCACGGGAGCAUUUUGCUCUAA